UGUACGCAGGCGCAAUGCCAUGUAAACACAACAGUUGCGGUUAUCAGUAGCAAGUAUCGCUAGCGAGGUAGAGUUUGAACCCUAGUAAUUUUAUUUGGGUUUAAGAGAUCGAUAGUCCUGAGAAGAAAUAAAAGUGUACUUUUUGCUGUAGUCAGCUAACAUCAGAUAAGCGGGUUUGCGUUAGCUUGCGGUGACGUUAGCAUUUAGCUCGGAACAAAUGAUAAAGCGCUUCAGGACAGGCUUGUUAACUACCUAGACGCCCGAUCUUUUUGUUGGCAGCCAAUUAACGUUGCCUUGAAGUGUCUGUGUGGCUUAUCUCGCCAGCUGAUUUCUUUGACACUGUCACUGAAAUGGGCAAUUGUAUCACAUUGUUAUUCAGUGUAAUUAGCUAACCAGACAAGGUUAGCUUAACUAACAGGCCAUCGACUAACAGGAAACGAGUCGCGUUAACUAGCAAAUAACGUCAGCCAGCCGGCUCCUCUUGUCUGCUCCGAAGAAAAUAAAAAGAAGAAGCUCGCCUAGGUUGCUCAAGUGAUAUCAUAUGUUGACUGAAAGCAGGAAACGGCAGCACAGUGGUGGUGAUGAGGAGAAUGGCCACCUGGUGCCCCAACCCAAAAGGCAGAACAGAGCACAUCCUCUCUCCCCGGAACCAGGCCGGGAUGCCUGGGACUCUGAGUCAUCCAACAGUGAGAGCAGCAGCAGCAUCAGCAGUCCUGAACAUGCAGCUGCCAGCUGCAUCAGUCAGUGUGCUCAGGGGCCCUGCAGUCCCCUUAGCGCGGGCAACUCUUUAGAGCCCACAAACCCGGUGUCCUACCUGCAAAUCAACCGCAUCCUGAAGGAGGCCCACUUCCAGAGCAUUCAAAACCGAGGUCAGCCGAGAGACACGUGACAACAGGGUACCUCUGUCUGCCGCCAGAGGACUGAAUCCUUGAGACACGUAUGAGCAUCACAUGCUGAAUCACUUCACACAGCUCUUCCCCACCCAUCUCCAGUUACUGUGGUAUGUCACAGCUCUAUAGAUGUGUGGAUGGAGACCAGCAUCUGGUCAUGUAUCCAAGGGCGGUUCAUCAUUAAAAUAAAUCAUAAUGAUAAUCAUAUUAGCAAUAAUAACUGUGAUCAACAACCAUUCUUUUGAUCCACUUAUUUUCUGACCAGUCUGGUUUACGUGCUUCUCUGGAAGCCUUUUUGUGACUUGAUGAUGAUGAUGAUGAUGAAUCCUUGUAUUUUGUCUUUAAUGUUGUGUGAAAACAGGCAAGCUGCCAAAGUGGCACCAUACACAAUUUUAGGCUGGUCAGUGUGACUGCUUUAGGCUUCUAGUAGGGUAGCUGGGUUGUAAAAUGCUGAAUCAGAUGUCUGUGUAAGUACAUAGACCAGUCUCAGGGAGGAUUUGCACUUGUCUUGGACUGCUCAUUUGCUUUCAUAUUCAGACAGGGACUACUUUAUGGGGGGCUGUAGAAACCAUGGGUGUUAACUUGGCAAAAGAGGUCGUGUUUUCCACCCUGAGAUAGUAAAUCAAUUAUUUUAAAGUUUUGUAAAUACAUCUCAAAUGUAUUUGAAUUGGCUCACAGAGAGGGUCGUGUUUUUGAAGGCUUUUAUAACACUCCAGCACAGAAAAUGUCCAGUAGCUUGAUUGGUAAACUAUUGUUCACUGCCAUUGCCUUCUUGUGUUCAUUUUUACUUCGUUUAAUUUUAUCCUGAUUUUGAAACUGAUCGUUUCUGUUUCUCACAUUCUCACAAAAAUCAUUCUUUUACUUAAGUUUACUUAGUACAUUUGGCCAGUGAUUUUUACUUAUUUUUCAGAUGCUUUAAGCAUUUUAGUUUGAAAGUUCAGUUGCUGCUAACUAGCUAGUCACACCUUUUUCCUGAACCUUUCAGCUGCCUCUUCAGUAGGUCUUUUAUUCCCAAGAUGGAAGUACGAGAGGAGCUGGGGUAAGAUGGUUAACAGCAAUUAAACCUAAAAUAAUAUGCCAACAUAUGGCACCUUCUUAUAAAACAAUCUGUACAAUUCAUAUGAGAAGAAAUAAGAUUGCUAGAUCAUCCAACCCUUACUGUAGACUGUGAUGUGGGAAAAUCAUCUAUAAUAAGGAGCACUGGUUAUAAAACAGUGACAUAUUUAUGACCUGAUGAAACUGCUUCCAAAUGAAGAUCCCAUAUAUCAAUAUAACCAUCAAGGGGGGCCGGUCACCUGUGGCAGUCAUCAGGAGAAAUAUCUGGUUGAGAUUACCUUGUUUUUGUGGAUUAUGAAUUUUCUUAUAGUAGUGACAGUAUAGAUUGGUUAAUGUAAAAAUUAAUGAGUAGACAAAGCUGAGUAUUAUAAGAGUACUGUGAUGAUUUUUAGGUGAGCUCAGACAAGCUAAAGAUCAUUUGUGUUUUGUGACCCUGGAAACGUGAUCCAGCAUGACAUACUUUUUAUCUCGUGACCACAAAGAGAAAUCCAAAUAAUAAUAACACCCAUCAACUCUACAGCCUUCCAGAAGCCUUUUUUUUGGAUGCGUGAAUGGUGCAUUUGAGGGACAUCUAGUUGUUUCUGUCCAGGUAGAGUUGCAGUGCAGCCUUUAGGUUUUAAUAAUUUAAAAAAAAAAAAAAAAAAAAA